AUGAGUAUAGCACUCUAGGUAAUGAAGGAUUAGCUUUUGGAGUAAUUUAUCAUUCAAAUAAAAGAUUAGACUUGCAAAAGAUAGAAAGAUGUCCAACAAUAAGCAACCAAUAAUCAAAUGGAAAAAAUGGAAAUUAUAAUUAAGGGUAUAAUUAAAGAUAAAAAAAUAAUAUUGGAAAAUCAGAUAAAUGCAGAUCUAUUACUGCUGAUUAUGAAAAUCUACUAAGAUAUGAAUUAAACUAAAAUAAUUAAUAGCUUAAAGCUGACUAUAAAUUUCAUGAUGGCAGCACUUAUGUUUAGGAGCUGA